AUUCAAGAGUCCCGUUCUUAAAUGUGUCGAGGAGCUCCGUCUGUGAGGACGAAACCUGUAAUAUAAGUUCUUCCUAUCACUAUUGAAAGUGGGAAUGCUGCAUUAUAGCCGUUUUAAAACAAACAAAUAUUUGGAUGAUUGUGAAUAUUUGCGAACGAGAAGAAGUUGUUAAACUGAAAUGACAUUUAGAUUACUAAAAAUAUAGAAACCAAAUUGUGUUGCGGAAUAUUCAACACUUAUUAUUUGCAAAGUUUUCCAAUAUAUAUAGGUACAUAAUAUGCAAUAAUCGAAGUGGAGCAUAUAAUGGAAGCUACAGGCGAUCAAUUAAUUUUGGCCACAGGAGGCUAUGACCAUAUUAUAAAGCUGUGGCAGGCACACACCGGCAAUUGUGUACGAACAAUACGUUUUGUGGAAACAUCACAAGUAAACGCACUUGAUCGUACACCCGAUAAAACACGCUUGGCCGCCUGUGGCUAUCAGUGCAUACGUUUGUAUGACAUAGAGUCCAGCUGUGCUGCUCCAAUUAUAAACUUUGAAGGUGUACAAAAAAACGUGACGCGCUUAGGUUUUCAGGAAGAUGGUAACUGGAUGUAUACUGCUGGCGAGGAUCACCGUGUACGCAUUUGGGAUAUGUUGUCACCACAACCACAUUGUUCUCGUGUAUUCGACUGUCAGGCGCCUGUUAACGCUGCUUGCCUACAUCCAAAUCAAGUGGAAAUCGCUAUGGGUUCUCAAAAUGGGGGUGUUUAUUUGUGGGAUGUGAAAUCGGAAGUUCAUGAUCAGCUCAUACCUGAAGUUGAUGCGUCCAUACAGGAUGUUGCAAUCUCACCUGAUGGCCAAUAUAUGGCAGCAGUUAAUAAUAAAGGCAAUUGCUAUAUUUGGUCACUUAGUUCGUCACCAAACCAACAGUUGAGCACCCUUAGUCCCAAACUGAAAAUAGCUGCACAUAAGCGUUAUGUAUUGCGUUGUAAGUUUAGCCCCGACUCACGACUACUUAUAACUACCUCAGGUGAUGGCACCGCUCGUAUCUGGGAGACUGAGCAUUUCACAAUGUGGCGCGAACUAUGCGUUGAAAACUAUUGGGUGUGGGAUGCGGCAUUUAGUGCCGAUUCCAAAUAUGUGUUCACUGCUUCAUCGGACGGAAUAGCACGUCUUUGGAAGCUGCAAACAAAGAACGCCGAACGUAAGUACACAGGUCACACCAAAGCCAUUACAGCGCUCUCAUUUAAAGAUGAAAUCGUUACCGAAUAACAUGAAGCAUCAGGGUGUGAAACGGGCGGCGCGUUGUGGUAUACUUCACAAAUAUCGGUUAAUCGCCGCAGAGAAAAAAGAAGAAAAAAGAAUGGUGGAAUUUGUUGCUUAUUCAGUACAUAUGUAAAAGGCAUCUGAGAAUCGAGAAGAAACACAUGUGAAUUUUUUGAAAACCAUAUUUGUAAUUUCAGCAGCAACAUUUUGCUCACAGGUUUAUUGUUUAUACUACUCCAGAUCUGUUUAAAUCGAUGCUGCGAAAAAUAAAUAAUUUGCAUCUUGGUUAUUAAGAUUUAAUGCAAAUGCAAAUUACAAUGCGCAAAUUUUAAAAACCUACUGCUAGUGAAUUCUAGUCCCUGAAAUUCAAAAAAUAUUGAUUUUUAAAUAAAAGGGAAAUAAUAUAUAGGCAGAUUAGGUUUGAUAUGCCAAUGAAUGAUAUUUGUAGUAAAGCAUUGCUAAUAAAUAUACAAGAAACCGAUUUUCAAAACCAA